AUGGGAAGGGGUAGGGUUCAAUUGAAGAGGAUAGAGAACAAGAUCAAUAGACAAGUGACAUUCUCGAAAAGAAGAGCUGGUCUUUUGAAGAAAGCUCAUGAGAUCUCUGUUCUUUGUGAUGCUGAAGUUGCACUUGUUGUCUUCUCCCAUAAGGGGAAACUCUUCGAAUACUCCACUGAUUCUUGUAUGGAGAAGAUCCUUGAACGCUAUGAGAGGUACUCUUAUGCCGAGAGACAGCUUAUUGCACCUGAGUCCGACGUUAAUACGAACUGGUCGAUGGAGUACAACAGGCUCAAGGCAAAGAUUGAGCUUUUGGAGAGAAACCAGAGGCAUUAUCUUGGAGACGACUUGCAAGCAAUGAGCCCUAAGGAGCUCCAGAAUCUGGAGCAGCAGCUUGACACUGCUCUUAAGCACAUCCGCUCUAGAAAAAAUCAACUUAUGUACGAGUCCAUCAAUGAGCUUCAAAGAAAGGAGAAGGCUAUACAGGAGCAAAACAGCAUGCUUUCAAAACAGAUCAAGGAGAGGGAAAAGAUUCUUAGGGCACAACAAGAGCAGUGGGAUCAGCAGAACCAUGGCCACAAUAUGCCUCCGCCUCCGCCGCAGCAUCAGCAUCAAAUCCAGCAUCCUUACAUGCUCUCUCAUCAGCCAUCUCCUUUCCUCAACAUGGGUGGUCUGUAUCAAGAAGAAGAUCCAAUGGCAAUGAGGAGGAACGAUCUCGAUCUUUCUCUUGAACCAGUUUACAAUUGCAACCUUGGCUGCUUUGCCGCAUGA